AUGGCCUGGGGUGAACACGGAACAGGCUUUGUCAUGCAGGUGUCCACGCCAGACUGGCCAGGCUCUGGCUCCAAGUCCAGGACUCGGAAGCAAGGAAACACGCUCGGAUGCUGCCAGGCUGACAACAUCAGGGUGGCGCAGCACUUCUUUGCUUUGCGUCUAGCUACGAGCGAUGACACCCGUUUGGUUCUCCAGGCAUUGCAGCGAGCUUCUGUGGCCACCGACCCGAGCAACAGUCAGUUGGUGAAGCUGAGCAGUGGACCGGCUGAUCUAGCCAGCUUGGCCAAGCAGCUUGGCAUCGUGCAACAGGUCGCAGAGCCGUUCUUGGGCAUGCUGAGCGUGAAGACGGCCAGGAGCCAGAUCCGCCUUCUGAGUAAGCCGUCAGGGCUGCACGUGCCACCUUGGCACAUGGUUUCGUCGCUCCUAGAUGGCCAACCGCUGCGCACUGCCACCUGGUGGGACAGACCCGAGAUCAACUCCACAAGAGCCGGAUUUGUUCCAGGAUGCUGGAGCCCGAACUUCAAGUCUGCACCCGGUGAAGUGCAGGUGGCUUUGACAGGACAGUGGAAUGGCAAGAAGUUCAGCCUCCGCGGCAACCCGAGCCCUAACGCCAAUCAUGCCAAGUUGGGGGUCAGCCUCUCUGGAACGAAGCUGGCAGUCCUUGGCGACAUGAACCAGCAGGGAAGCCUGGGCAUGCCUGGUGAUGAGCCCUGCCAUGUUUCCCAGAACGGCCGGGGGGGCCUUUUCUUUGUCGUGGAGGACGACCAGCUUCACUCCGGGCUCUCUGCGCUGAUGCUUGGACAGACAGCUGACUACGUCGGGGGGCGCCUCAGUUGCACGCAGCCUGCUUUCAGACUCUUGCAACUGAAGCAUGGAAGCUUCGAAAGGCUGCAGCCAUGA